AUGACAUCCCCUAUAGGCAACGGUGAUUUGGAACUUGGAGAUGUAAACAUGAUUCAAGACACCUUCCAAAGUCUUCUUGAUUAUAUAGAAAACGAAGAAAACCAUAACCGCAGUUUGCCACAGAUUGGCAAAGCACCUCGUACCCUACGAGAACUCAACCCCAGUUCAUUUAACCAUCGGGUGGUCUCUAUUGGACCUCUGCAUAGAGACGACAACAAUGUGCAAGCAUUUGAAAAGCAGAAAAUAAUUUGUUUGAAUAAACUAAUGCGUCGUACAAGUCCCUCCUCAUUUGGGGAUUUAUUGAAAUCAUGUGUGCAGAAGGCCUACUCUUUAAUGGAAGAAAUCAAGGCAUUUUAUGUUUGGGAGAAGACCAUUGAUGAUGCGGUAGUUGCCAAAAUGAUGGUUGUGGAUGCUUGUUUCAUACUUGAGUUCAUUCACUGGUAUUCGAAAUCUGAUGAACCGUUUUCGGUAAAUAGGUUACUACCCAAAACUAUAAUUUGUGACUUGGUAUUGCUCGAAAACCAGAUCCCUUUGUUUUUUCUUAAUGAAAUAUAUGAGUGCACAAUAUUGAAAAAUGCUCCUAAUAUCUCCUUUAUUGAAUUUAUUCAUCCAAUUUUAAAUGAUCUCAGCCUCUUUGAAGAUGAAAUAAAAAUCAACAAAAUUUCCAUUGAUACAUCACCUCAUAUUCUAAGCCUUCUACAUGAAUGUUACAAGCCUCGAGAUGAUACUAAAUCAAAUUACUUAAAGUCAACAAUCCAUUCGGCUGUAGAUCUAGACAGGGCAGGGGUCAAGUUCAAACCUAACCGAAGUCCGAAAUGGCCCAUGGAGAUGGAUGUGACGUCAUCUAUGUUCCCAUGUUUUUCAUGGUGUUGGGGUAACACUACUCUUAGAAUGCAAGUAUUUCUUGUUCAUGAUUUCACAGAGUUGGUGUUAAGGAAUCUCAUUGCAUACGAGCACUCCUACCAAACUCGUAAUCAUAUCACAUCAUAUGCUUUCGCCAUGGAUAUGCUAGUUAAUAGUCAAGAAGAUGUUACCAAGUUGGUAGAUUCAAAAAUCCUUAUCAACGACAUGGAUUCAAAUGAAGAAGCUGCUAAUAUGAUCAACAACAUAUGCAAAGAAGUUACAGGUGAAUAUUCCUUUUACUGUGAACGAUGCGAAACGUUGAAAGAGUAUUGCGAUGGCUAUUGGCCAAAAAAUAUAACUUGGUUGAGGAAAACUUACUUUAGUAGUCCAUGGAAUAUCAUUGCUUUAUUUGCUGGAAUCAUUCUAUUUGCUCUAACCGUGGUUCAGACCGUAUUUACGAUUAAUUCUGCUGGAAGCAACUAA